AUGAAAAUCGGGAGCAAAAAUGUUGGCAAUGGGAAUCCAGUUUUUAUAGUUGCAGAAAUUGGGCAAAAUCAUCAAGGAUCAUUAGAUAUUGCGAAAGAAAUGAUAAUAAAAGCAAAGGAAAUCGGUGUUGAUUGCGUAAAGUUUCAGAAAUCUUGUUUGGAAGCCAAGUUUACUAAGCAGGCAUUGGAUCGAGUGUACACUAUAGAUAACUCCUGGGGACGCACCUACGGCGAGCACAAGAAACACUUGGAAUUUUCCAUAGAAGACUACAAGCUACUACAGCAGUUUUGUUUGCAGCAUGAAAUUCUUUUUAGUGCAUCUGCAAUGGAUUCGGUUUCGUUGAAGCAAUUGGAACGGCUGGGGUUACCUUUUAUAAAGAUUGGCUCGGGUGACGCAGAUAACAUUCCGUUACUAACUGAAGCUGCCGAGUUGAAUGUACCUCUGAUUGUGUCCACCGGCAUGCAAUCCUGGAAUCAGGUAGAACGAAUUCAUUCCAUUCUCCAAGGUCGAUCGGUGGCUCUUCUACACUGCGUUUCUGCUUAUCCUACUCCUCCAUCCGACGCUGUAUUAAAAUUGAUUCCAUUGUAUAGAAGACGAUUUCCCGAUUUGGUGAUAGGCUAUUCUGGUCACGAACUAGGACUGCAGCUGAGUGUUGCAAGUGUUUUACUGGGGGCACGCGUUGUCGAGCGACACUUUACACUUGAUAAAAACUGGAAAGGAACUGACCAUAAAGCAUCUUUGGAUCCGACAGAAUUUAAAAAGUUAGUGAAUUAUAUAAGGACAGUAGAGAAUAUUUGUGUUGAAUCGAAUACGGAAGAUAUUUUAAACGUGCUCUCACAAAUAUUAAUGGAUAAGGAUUUUAAUUCGGAAGAUCUAAGACAUGCUCUCAAACCGGUCACAAUGACCGAUAGAAAACUGUUGGUUUCAGAAGUUGCAUGUUUCCAAAAGCUCGGUAAAUCAUUAGUAUAUAAGAAUUUCGUUCCACAGGGACAUAAACUAAUAAAGAGUGAUAUCGAUGUAAAAGUUAGUGAACCUCAUGGGAUUAGACCAGAAUUUUUAAAAAGUGUAGUGGGGAAACAUGUCAUUCGUCCGUGUAACCGUGACGAGCCAAUAACAGAAAGUGAUCUUGUGAAGGAUAGUAUUGACACUAAUUGAUAUUAAUUAUAAUUUGGGAACAAUAUUCGAGAUAAUUCAGAUAAAAUAUAAACAAAUGCUCUAUUAUUACCAGCAAAGUCAAAUGUGCGAAUGAAUUGGUAGAAUAGGAUUACCUUCUUACGCCCUAACCACAAAUCACUCCGUACCUAAUAGUUUUUCUUUUAAUCUUCUAAUCACCCAAGUAAAUUUGCAGCCUUAUUCAAGAGGUUCCAAUUUCAUCCCAAAUCGAGCGAAAAAAGAUGCGUCGUACUCUACUAGAAAGUCCCAAAAAUUAAAUUUCGGAUGUAACAAUUAUUCAACCACUGA